CUGCAGGUGGCGGGUAGGAAAGGUUUCCCUCAUGUGAUCUACGCCCGUCUGUGGCGUUGGCCUGAUCUCCAUAAGAACGAGCUGAAACACGUGAAGUUUUGUCAGUUUGCCUUCGACUUGAAGUACGACAGCGUGUGCGUGAACCCCUACCACUACGAGAGGGUGGCGUCUCCCGCCACCACAGGUCCUCAGUCUCUGAUAAAGGAGGAGUUCAUACAGGACUGUCUGCAGAUCGACCUGCCCCCCCACGCUGAACCCUACAACCAGCCCCGCCCUGUCAGCACGUAUCCCAGCAUGCUCCUCUCUCCUCCAGGCAGCAGCUCCAUGGCGGCGGCCGCUCUGGCAGCUGGCGGCGUUGGCUGCAGGAGGAGCGGUGGUGAGGGCGGCGGCCUCCUUCAGAUCGCCCUGCCUCAGAACCACGGGGGCCGCGCCUCCCCGCCUCACCCUAACCCCUCUCACACGCCCCGGCCUCCUCACCCGCCCACCCCGACCUCCCCACAUCAACAGAGCCCCGAGUACAGCAGCCCCCCCAAAACUGCCACCUGGCCAGGUAACAGCCCCGCCCCUUACAGCCCUGCAGGACCUCAACAGAGUGGGCGGAGCCACCAGCAGCCUCCAUUACAUCAUCACAACGCCCCCAACACUCACUUCUGGUCACAGCAUCACAGUACUGCUCCAUAUCCACAACCAGUGUCCAACCACCCAGGUCCAGAGUUCUGGUGCUCCAUCUCCUACUUUGAGUUGGACGUUCAGGUGGGGGAGAUGUUUAAGGUCCAGUCCAGUUGUCCUCUGGUGACAGUGGAUGGUUAUGUGGAUCCUUCAGGAGGAGACCGUUUCUGUUUGGGACAGCUGAGUAACGUCCACCGUACCGCCACAAGCCACCGUGCCAGGCUCCACAUCGGUCGGGGGAUUCAGCUGGAGUGUCGGGGGGAGGGGGAUGUCUGGAUGCGUUGCCUUAGUGACCACUCCGUGUUCGUCCAGAGUCUCUAUCUGGACCGUGAGGCAGGCCGAGCCCCAGGAGAUGGCGUCCACAAGAUCUACCCAGGAGCUUAUAUCAAGGUGUUUGAUCUGAGGCAGUGUCACAGGCAGAUGCAGCAGCAGGCGGCAGCAGCUCAGGCAGCAGCAGUGACUCAGGCAGCGGCGGUCGUCGGUGCGAUUCCCGGGCCGAACAGCGUGGGGGGGAUCGCUCCUGCCGUCAGCGUGUGCUCGACGGCAGGUCUGGGCGUGGACGACCUGCGCAGGUUGUGUAUCGUGCGUCUGAGCUUCGUUAAAGGUUGGGGGUGUGAUUACCCGCGGCAGAGCAUCAAGGACACCCCCUGCUGGCUGGAGGUUCACCUGCACCGAGCGCUGCAGCUGCUGGACCAGGUGCUGCAUACGCUGCCGCCACGAGAACACACGCUUUGACAUGCCGCCACAGGUGUGUGUGUGUGCGUGUUUUCACUGUGGGAGUGUUUAGCUCACAGGACGGCCAAUCACAGCAGAGGAUUCGUCCACAGCUGAAGAGGGAGGAGAGAAGUUGGAACACGUUGACUGACAAUAUUCACAGGCUCCGCCCACCCCAUCCUCCUCCACACUGCUCAUUGGUCGCUUCAGAAAGGCUUCAGACAAUCAGCCAACCAACACAUGCCUCUUGUCGGUCAGUGAGUUUCCAUGGAUACCAGCAUCAUAUUAAAGGGUCAGUUCACACAAACCGCCGCCUCCUUCAGCGGCGUCUCCUUCCUGUCUGACGUUUUUAAAGAUAUUCAUUGAUUAAACUGGAUGUUCCGUCUUUAUCAGGCAGAAGCUGGUGAAUUAAAUGUUGUUUCACAUAACCCCCCCCCCCCCCCCCCCCAAAACAAGUGCAGCUGCUUCAGGUUUUUAACACAUAUGCGGUGGCUGUGGCUCAGGAGGUAGAGCGGGCAGUUCCGUUAAUCGUAAGGUUGGCGGUUCUGUCAGUGUAUGAAUGUGUGUUUGAGCACUUAGGCUCAGUGAAUAAAUAUAUAUGUAGAAAUGUGUGUGAAUGGUGAAUACAGAUGUAGUGUAAAAGCGCUUUGAGUGGUCGAAAAGACUAGAACCCCCAGCCCCCCCCCCCAAGUUAAUAUUAUAAAUAUGUCAGUGUUAAUUAUUGUUAGUAGUAAUUAUAAAAUUCAUAAUAAAUGAAAGCUAUAUUUAUCAUUUACUGUUGCUUUAUAGAUGUACUUUGGGUAGGUGGCAAUGGGGGGGGGCAUGAAAGAUUUGUGAGCUGGGCGAAGCCCCCAGUGUUUCAAGAGCCUGGAAACGCCCCUGGGGACCAAAACCAGACUUUCACCCUGGAGACUGCUGUUUGUUUCCUGUGUGAAACAAAAACUCAACAUCUGUUCCUCUCAGUGAUGUUACUUAUGUAACCUAAGUUCUAACUUAUGUAAGUUACAUAAGUAACGUAGAUAUUUUCACCAUGAUCUGUUGCUGAACCAUCAAGAACUGGUAACAUUUUAUUUUGAAAGUCUAACCGGAUGUUGAAUAGCCCUACAUACACUCCUCCCAGCUCCUCUCUUCUCUCUGUUCGGAUUAUAAUGAGGACGCCGACCCUGGAGCAGUGAGAGACCGUGGAUGGACGUUGUCUUGGUCCUCAGUCCAUUCUUAAUGUCUCAGCUUCAACAACAAGCGCUCACAGUUCCAGUGGCCGGUUUGAUUUGAUGUGAUUUUACUGGACAGGAACACAAAUAAAUGCAGAAAAAGAUGCCGUCACAGUGACAAUAUACAUUUCUCUGAACUGUCGUGGAUAACACACGAAAGUUACAAACUUAUUUCCAUUGUGGACCUGGUUAGUUUUUUUUAAACUCAAAAAGGUUCUGCCUCUGGGUAUAAAAUGACCCGGGUCUCCUGCAAAGCUUCCUGUGGCCCCGCAGGAGCGAACGCAUCAGAGACUUUCCAGAUGUUGUCAAAGCGAAUCGAUCAAAAUCAAGCUUCUGAAUUCUGAAACGAGUCGGGGGGGUUGAGACGCUGAAAAAUAUUUAUCUCUCUGCCGUAAGUCAGUGGGAGGAGUCUCUGUGGGGCCGCUGUGCAGCACACGACCCGGAAGUUGUAAUUCCACAGAUUGCGGUGCACUUCCUGCGGGCUCGUUUGCACCACCCCAACUUCCUGUCUCUCCACACAUCGAGUGAAACAAGUCGGUGAUUUUAACAGUGGGUGAAUUAUUCAGUCAGUUAGGGACCUUUGGAGCCCGGGGCCCAUUUCAGCUGAAUGGGUCACCGGGCCGGUUCAGUGUCUGCCCCGGGACCAGUUCGGUGCAGACACUGAACCGGUUUAGUAUCACUGGUUCACACAGAUGAGUUGGUGCCACAUUAACUGUGUGUGUUUGUGCUGUUUGACCCGUGGAGUUCCUCAGGGGCCAGUUCUGGGCCCCCUCUUAUUUUCCCUUUAGGACAGUCUGUCAGGUAUUUAUAAAACUGUUCUGGAUCAGUACCUGCUGUGUCUGCGGUUUGGGUGAACUGACCCUUUAACAUCCGGAAACGACCAGCCGUCACAUUUCCCGCUUCAACAGGAUGCUGAAAGUCUAUUGAUUAUUUAUUGUUAUUAUCUACCAAAGAUCCUGCUCUGGAUGACAUCGUUUACUGUUUACUUUGUGAUUUGGAUUAUUUAUUCUGUCAUCAGUUUUUUCUCUCAGCUUUUUGUUUUUAAUGCUUUUAUACUGAAAGGGUCUAUAACUGUAACGUCUGCUGUUUAUUAAAAAUGAAUCUUUCAGCCGUGUCUCUGUUUUCCUUUUGGUUCCUGAAGCUCCAUCAGCAGCUCAGUCAACUCAAAUAUCGUUUUUAUUUACUCUCUGAAUUUCAAGUUUUUCCUCAGAAUCUUAAUUUUAUUUUCUGAAUUUGUACUUUGACUUUAUUCUCUUUACUUCCUCUUAACUUUAUUAUUUUUCUCAAAAAAUAUGAAUUGUCUUGUUCUUUUCACUACUAGAAUUGAAGUCAUUAUCUUUAAACAUAAAUAAAAGAACAAGUUGAAUGUU